AUGCGCCUCGCAUAUCCCCUCACCUUCGCCCUAGUCGUGUCGAGCUGCGCGGGAGUAAUCAAUGUUACAAUAGACGAUGAGUUUGGUGAUCCGAUGACUGGAGAGCAAAUCUCGUACUAUCCUUCGACUUUUUGGCAGCAAGGAGCCGAUUGUGGGGCAUGUACAGCUCAGCCAACAAGUACUAAGGAAGUGUACAUGGGAACGUGGCAUGACACAAUGUUUUAUCCUGCAAGUGCAAAUGUCCCAAAUAGUAACCAGGGUCAAAUUCUUGGUGCUUCAGUGAACUUCACGGGAACUGCUGUAUUCGUAAAAUGCAUAUUAACAGGAUCCAGCCGACGUCCUAACGGCAACACGGAUUUAACUUUCUACCUUGAUAAUGAAGAAACGUCUACCUUCAGACAAACGCCUAAUGGCGACACCACCUAUGAAUAUAAUCAGACGGUGUUCUCGGCGACCGGACUUUCAGAUGCCGAGCAUAAUAUACGGCUGGAAACUGGGCAUGCUGGGCAACAAGCGCUCGUUCUUCUUGACUCCAUUAUUUACACAUCUACGAAUGAUUCGAUCAAAACGGUUAAUACAGUUAAUACCAUUCCCACUCACCUGAGGGACAUACUGUAA